UUGCGCAGCGUCCUGGGUUUGCUGGACAUCGCAGUGGAAGUGAACGUCACCUCCAGGAUCAGGCUCACCAUGGACAGCAUGGGCUGCCCCAGGCUGGUGGCAGAGCGAUGUGACACCCUCCUCGGUGGCAUUAAAGUCAGACUCCUGCGAGGCCUGCUCCCAAUCGUGGAUAAUUUAUUGGCAAAUGUCCUGAACAGACUUCUUCCUAAUCUGCUCUGCCCGGUGGUGGACGUCGCCCUGGGACUCGUCAACGAGAAGCUGGGUCUUGUGAACUCACUGGUGCCACUGGGCUUGCUGGGCAGCAUCCAGUACACUGUGUCCAGCCUUCCCCUGGUCACCGGACAGUUCCUCGAGGUGGACCUGAACGUAAGUCCUGCACCCAAGGGUUGGGACGGCUGGGGGUAUCCACUGGGAAAGCCGGGAAGCGUCCCCACCCCUCCGCGGGUCCCCAUGCCACCGCUGCCACCCAUGGUGGACACCAGCUCCUCCCAGCUGGGGCUCUCGGUGAACUUCCUCCACGCGGUGCUGGCUGUCCUGCAGCAGGACGGGGCCCUGGACCUUCCCGGAGCUCCCACCGCUGACGACAUCGACCCUCGGAGUCCUGGUCCCAGCGGUGAGUCCUGGCUCCUGGAGUUUAAAGCAUACCCCGAGCCACAGGAACUGCUGCUGAAAAUUGCCGUCCCCGAAGUGCCUGUGGUGACCUUAGAGAGAAACAAAGGCGUGAUCCAGCUCACGGCUACAGCAGAGCUGAUGGUGAUCUUCCCAGGCGACAUCCAGGAGUUUCUCUGCCUCCUGAAUAUCGACGCCUCCUUGCUGGCCCAGUUCUCCGUCAGGGACAACAAACUGAAGAUCGGCGUCAGCCUGGAGGAGGCUGAUCUCUCCUUGGUGUCUUCGUCCAUCGGUGGCUUUGAUGUCUUGCCCCUGGAGACGCUCGUUGGCCGGAUUUUCGACGUUGCCUUCCUGCCUGCGAUGAACA